AUGAUCAACAACUCCCUGACUUUCGAUGCCCUGCGUGAGUUCGACGAGGCUGCAGUAGAGGUGCGCAUCGAGCAAGCGGAUCGAAUGGAGAAGAGGUUCGAUGCCCUUCACACGCAACUAGAGGACAACGACGCUGAUGAUCUUUUGACUGCAUUUACUAGUAACUAUAUCGAGUUAAAAACCAAGCUGACACGUCAGCUGCACACAUGCCGAGCUUCAGAAGCGCAUAGCUCUACGACAUUUUCUGGUAAUCAACCUUCGAUCAUCGUCACUCAACCAAAGCAGAGGUUACCUGUCUUACAAAUCCUUAAGUUUAGCGGUAACUGUUUAGAAUGGCCAGAUUUUUUCUCGAUGUUUAACACCGUUGUACAUCAGGACGUAGAUUUGACAAGAAUUGAGAAAUUCCAGCACCUUCGGUCAAGUCUACGUGAUGCAGCGUUGGACACAAUUCGUUCCUUAGAAAUAAGUGAACAAAAUUAUGAGAAGGCCAUUGAUUUGUUAAAAGCUCGAUUUGAUAACAAGCGUUUAAACUUCCAGGCUCAUAUCCGAGACAUUGUUCAGCUCAAGAGGGUAGAGGGUGAAAGGGUUGUCAAACUUCGAGAACUCAGCGAUACGGUAAAUGCUCACUUACGAGCUUUGCAAACUAUGGGAACAAAGGAGCAGAUCGCCGAUUGCUUACUCAUUCAACUCGUUUCUGGAAAAUUGGACGUCAAAUCUCGGGCGAAAUGGGAGGAACAAACACCAGCAAACGAAAUACCUACUUGGAGUUCAAUGGCUAUAUUUUUGGAACAACGCUGCCAGCGACUGGAAAAUGUGCAGAACGCUAUUGCACCGCCGGAAAAUCAGGUAGGAAAGAAAUCGUCCAAUAACAAUAACAGUCGCAAGGUUCUGCUAACGUCAGCUGUAGCUGCAUGCAUAUUGUGCAGUUCUAGCGAGCACAACAUCGCAAAGUGCGAACAGUUUCUAUGCCUUUCGCCUACAGCACGCUACAAAGAAGCAAAAAGAUUGCACUUAUGUUUGAAUUGCCUUCGACACGGUCAUUCACUUAAGGACUGCAAGUCCGGUCACUGUAGACAUUGCACUUCGAAGCAUCACAGUCUGCUUCAUCAAGAAACAAAUUCAUUUUCGACUUCGUCACAAGCAUUGGAUUCUGCCAAACGGCCGUCGCAAGCGCAAUCAACAACAACAACAACAAUCCCUACUUCUAUCAAUUCGUACUUGCCUUCGUCUUCAUCUUUCGGUCCUUCAGCUUCUGCAUUUGUCAGUUCUGAAGUUCAAGCCAGCGUUGCUGACAGAGAUUUCGUUCUCUUAGCAACCGCCAUCAUUUACCUACAAUUGAAGAAGAUCAAGUCUUCGCAGUUCAUUUCUGAUAUAGGCCAAAAUGAGUUCGUUGCUAAUCAUAUCGUUGAUUUAGACCUGCAUUCGCGCAUUAAUGAUUACACUGCUAAAUUGUCUGCGGUUGCAACAUCCACCAUUACCGAUGUUCAACCAACUCGCUCUUUAAAGGGUAUUAAUUGGAACAUACCAUCAAACAUACGCUUAGCGGAUCCACAAUUCUUCGAACCUCAGCGCAUUGAUAUGCUCAUUGGAGCUAGUUUAUUUUUCGACCUCCUCUGCGUCGGUCAGAUUCGCUUGGCUGAAAACUUGCCACUUUUACAAAAAACAAAGUUAGGCUGGGUUGUAUCAGGCGCAACUACAUGCAAUGUUCAGAAACUAUCUUGCUUAGCAGCCAUCGACAUAGCUCUAGCAAAUGACACAGAUGUCGAGUUAAACAACCUGGUUCAGCGAUUUUGGGCCAUCGAGAAUUGUAAUGACUCCGCACCAAAGAAUACAGUAGAGGAAGACUUGUGCGAAGAACAUUUCAUCAAAACCCAUAAGAGAUUAGAAUCUGGUGAGUUUUCGGUUCGAUUGCCAGCAAAAUCGCCUCAUUGCGAAUUAGGAGAAUCGUAUCAGCAGGCCAUCAAUCGGUUCAAAGCUUUAGAGCGGAAAUUUCAGCGCAAUGCUGAACUAAAACAACAAUAUUCGUCGUUUAUCAAGGAGUACCUUGAUUUGAAUCAUAUGUCAGUCGUUGACACUAUACCAAAGCAAAUUCAAGUGAAUUUUUUGCCACAUCACUGUGUGUUGAAAGCUGAUAGCACCACAACAAAACUGAGUGUGGUUUUUGAUGGCUCUGCGCCAACCAGCAAUGGACGUUCGCUGAAUUCGAUCCUGAUGAAAGGACCAACUAUUCAACCACCUCUUUUUGAUAUUUUGCUUAGAUCUCGCACAUUUAAAAUUGCUNUUACUGCAGACAUCGCUAAAAUGUACCGUUUCGACCGUUACUUGAUAAUGCCCGAGGCGGACCUACAAAUACAUGGGUUUUGCGAUGCGAGUAUUGCUGCUUAUGGUGCCUGCAUAUACAUACGUGCUGAAAGUGAGGGACACAUGCUAACCAAUCUUCUCUGCUCCAAAUCUCGUGUAGCUCCACUUAAAGCGCUCACGGUACCGAAGCUUGAGCUUUCUGGAGCAUUACUUUUAGCCGAGUUAAUCGCAAAAGUGGUAAGCGCAACGCAUUUCAAAGGAAAAAAGGUAUUUUGUUGGUCAGACUCCACAAUAGUGCUAUCAUGGCUACGUAAUGAACCGGCCAACUUCAACGUUUUUGUCGCAAAUCGUAUUAAUGCAAUUCAGACCCUAACUAAAGGUAUGACUUGGGGCUAUGUUCCAACCGAUUCCAACCCAGCAGACAUUCUUUCAAGAGGCGCUAGUCCGANCAAAGUCGCUGUUUAUAUCUGGUUUCGUCAGCAUUUUCGUUAUUGGCAAGUGCGUGGGCUACCCCAAAUCCCGCCCACACUGAUCGCUGGCAAUGUCUUCGAUCAGCUACGUUACCGCUGCUGCUUUGGCGAACAAUUCCAGUCGCUCUACGAUCAUCCGGCCGCCAGCGGUCAUGACUUUGUGGGAAUACAUGUGCUGCAUAACCAUGCGCUGAAGUUGCGUGACCCUGCGCUCAUCAAACGUGUGCUCGUGAGGGACUUUAGUGCAUUUUCCAGCCGCUUCGAACGCACUGACGCCGGUGGUGAUGCGAUGGGUUCGCUGAAUUUGUUUUUUGCGCAAUACGAAGUAUGGACGGAGAUACAUCAGAUAUUUUCACCACUAUUUUCUCACGGGAGGGCGAAGCAAAUGUAUCCGCUGCUGCAAUAG